AUUCACAAGCAGAAUAGUUCUGCUCAUAUAUACUUAGUUACAAGAUACGACCACACGCGCAUAUACAGAGAAGAGGAGAGAAAGUGAAAGAGAAGAUUGUACAGCUACACCGACAGCUAUAUAUAUUGAAAUGUUGGUUCUUACUUGCAUCAAUACAACCCAACAAGUCAACACCAACACGAACUCGAAGCAUUGUUAAAAUAUAAUAACACGUAGUUUUUUUUUAUAUACACAUAUAUAAACAUAUGUGAAAUAGACAAUAACACCUAGAGCUUAACGUAACCAAACACAUGCACGCGCACACACUCCCACACAUACAAGUCAAUCAUACAUACACAUAAAUAAUGGAUAGAAAACAUCCAAUAACUUCUUCGGUAUCAGCUGCUGAUGGGAGUUGUCGAAUACUGCUUAGCAGACGACAAAAGCGCACCAGAAGCAGACGAUAGAAACUUAAGCGCGGCAGACGACAUAUUCCUAUGAGAAGCAGAACAAAACUCCAACUUAAUUUUAGUUGGGACAUUCUAAGAAGGUAAUCCAUAGAGAGGGGGGGAAAUAUUCUUUGGCAAGAAACAAAACAAAAUACAACUAAAGGAGAAAAAGAAAACAAAAGGCAGAACUAGAAUCUGAAAUGUUAAGAAGACCAAAAAGUUGGCUGCAUUAUUGCCAGGUGUUACUCAUACUUCUAAUCGUUCUUAAAGCUGCUCCCAAGGUCACAGGUCGUCAGCAUUAUAAAUAUAAUGCUUAUCUGGACAGCCAGCGUCGUUUCCAUUUAUGGUGGGACGUUGACUAUAAACGAAAUGUGGUAAACUUCCGCCUUUUGGCGGUCGUGACGUUAGAUGAAUGGUUCGGAGUUGGUUACUCAGCAUAUGGGAAUUGUUCAAAUGCCGAUUUCUUCGUUCACUGGGUCGACGAAAACUACGUCCAGCACUGUAAGGAUGCAUGGACGGACAGUAAAGGCAUACUCCACAUUGAUAAUCAGCAAGAUUACAAAAUAUUAUCUGGUCAGUUGAACAAGCAUGCAUUGGUCAUUGAAUAUCAAAGAGCUUUCGACACAUGUGACAAUUAUGAUUUUCCUUUUGACAACGGAACCCUCCACGUAGUGUUCUUCAUCGGUGAUAACACGUUUCAUUAUCCGGAAGGGGUGAAUGUAACUUCCUUAUCUCCGGGACUUCAGCGUGUGCUUCUUCUGGAAGCCGAUGUUCCGAUCCCUAGACAUCCUAAGGACACCUGGACUUUUUCGGUUCUAGCUCCCGGCGUUACAAUACCAGCAAGAGAAACGACAUACUGGUGGUACACGACAAAACUUCCAGCUCUUCCCGAGCGACAGCAUAUAAUUCAGUUUGAAAGCGCCAUAACAAAAGGUAAUGAGAAUUUAGUGCAUCACAUCGAAGUGUUCCUUUGUGAGUGGAAACACGGAAUGAAAAUACCCUACUUUAACGGACCAAGUUUGGUAGGGGAGAAACCUAAGGAACUUAGUGUUUGUCGACAUGUCAUAGGAGCAUGGGCUAUGGGUGCCUCUGCCUUACAUUUACCAGCAGAGGCAGGUUGUGCAAUUGGAGGCAACAUCUCCCGCAAUAUAUUACUUGAAGUCCAUUAUAAUAAUCCAGAAAUGAAACACGGAGUUAAAGACACUUCAGGAAUAAGGUUCUAUGUUACUCCAACACGAAGGAAGUACGAUUCUGGAGUCAUGGAAAUUGGAUUGGAAUAUACAAACAAGAUGGCGAUCCCUCCACAUCAAAAGAGCUUCAUUCUAGCGGGAGACUGUAUUUCAGAGUGCACGGAACUUGCGUUACCUGACGGUGGAAUUUACAUCUUCGCCUCACAGCUCCAUACCCAUUUAACUGGGAAGAAGGUGACAAUUAGACAUAUACGAAAUGGAACAGAAUUACCUCCUGUUAACUAUGACGACCAUUAUAGCCCCCAUUUCCAGAUCAUCAAGCUUCUUCCACGUCCUGUUCACAUCCUUCCGGGAGAUUCGAUGGUCAUUGAAUGUGAAUAUAACACGGAGAAGAGACCAAACGCCACGAUUGGUGGAUUUGCUAUAACUGAUGAGAUGUGUGUUAGCUAUUUACAUUAUUACCCGAAUACGAAUUUAGAAGUUUGCAAAAGCUCCAUUGAAACGAAAACGCUAAAUAAAUGGUUCGAAUUCAUCAGAAGAUGGGACGUUGAUAAAAUAGAUCUAUCGAGGGGCUAUCGUAAUAGCUACAACUCCGUCAGAUGGACGCCGUUAACCUCACACCUACUUAACAAACUCUACGAGAUUUCGCCUCUAUCCAUGCAGUGUAACCAAUCAGACGGCAGAAGGUUUCCAGGCAACUGGGAAGGAAUGCCACAAACAGAGAUUACACUACCAUUGAAACCACCCGAACGUGACUGCGACUGUACUCUUAAUAAUCCGGAGAAGGACAAUGUAAUCGCAUAAUAUCUAUACUUAACGUUAUGAUAUCCAGGCCAGUAGCAAAAGCCUUCUCUUUAGAACAAAAUACUUGCACCUUUUGCCUCAAGACCACCUAUUAGCACAAUAAUCCAAACAGCCUUAGUAGAUGAGUUCAUAUUUAUUCUAAAAUAAUACUGCUUGCUGCUUGCAAUGAUGACUGUGUUGUAUUUAUUUGAAUAAAGGAAGUUAUCAAUGUU